CCCACCACUAAACCCAAAGGCCGGCCGUUUUCUCGUCUCGGCUGGCUCCUCCUCACCCCGCAUCGCCGCAGCACCCCCACCCCACCAAACCAUGGCGGCGGCGGCGGCGGCGACCUCCACGCCCUCCUCCUUCCCCUCCACCCGCAGGGAAAGGGCCAGGGCCAGGGCCAGUUCCUGGGCCCUCCGCCCUUCCCUCGUCUCUCCCCGCUCCCGAGCUCUCAGGGUCAACGCCGCCGCCCAGGACCCCGCCCCGGCCUUCCAGUCCGUCACGGCAUUCGCGCCAGCCACCGUCGCCAACCUCGGCCCGGGCUUCGACUUCCUCGGAUGCGCCGUCGCCGACGCCUCCCUCUCCCUCGGCGACACCGUCAUCGCCACCCUCGACCCCACCCUGCCCCCCGGCACCGUCUCCAUCGCCUCCGUCACCUCCCCGUCCCGCCCCCACCUCGCCGCCCGCCUCUCCAAGGACCCGCUCCGCAACUGCGCCGGGGUCGCCGCCAUCGCCGCGCUCCGCGCCCUCGGCGUCCGCUCCCACGCCGUCUCCAUCCACCUCACUAAGGGCGUGCCCCUCGGCUCCGGCCUCGGCUCCUCCGCGGCCUCCGCCGCAGCCGCCGCCAAGGCCGUCGACGCCCUCUUCGGCUCGCGCCUCUCCCGCGACGACCUCGUCCUCGCCGGCCUCGAGUCCGAGAAGGCCGUCAGCGGCUUCCACGCCGACAACAUCGCGCCCGCCAUCCUCGGAGGCUUCGUCCUCGUCCGCAGCUACGACCCCUUCCACCUCGUCCCGCUUGCCUCCCCGCCCGCCCUCCGCCUCCACUUCGUCCUCGUCACCCCCGACUUCGAGGCGCCCACCAGCAAGAUGCGCGCCGCCCUGCCCAAGGACGUGCUCGUCCAACACCACGUCCGCAACUCCAGCCAGGCCGCCGCGCUCGUCGCCGCCGUCCUGCAAGGGGACGCCGGCCUCAUCGGCUCCGCCAUGUCCUCCGACGCCAUCGUCGAGCCCACCAGGGCGCCCCUCAUACCUGGCAUGGCCGCCGUCAAGGCCGCGGCGCUGCAAGCAGGGGCGCUGGGAUGCACCAUCAGCGGCGCGGGGCCCACCGCGGUGGCCGUCAUCGACGGCGAGGACAAGGGGGAGGAGGUUGCGCGCAGGAUGGUCGACGCCUUCUGGAGCGCAGGCAACCUCAAGGCAACAGCAACCGUCGCUCAGCUCGAUAGGCUCGGCGCCAGGGUCAUCUCCACAGCUGCUCUCCACUAGCAAAAGAUGCUGGAGGCCGUCCCACCCCACCCCUGCCGUUGUAAUUCAAUCUGGGAUGCCCGUUAACCCAAGGAAAGAUUGUGCUGCUGCACCUGUUUGUAGGCUUGGUGCCUUUUUUGUUCUUGCAUAACUAAGUACUUUAGGUGGUCUUGUUGUGGGUUCUGGGAUAGCGGCCAUUUGAUUGGAUUGGAUUGGCUUGCAAUAAGUUAGUGUUGGCGACAUCGCCUGCCUGUGGAUUGUAAUCGGUGGGUUGAUGAUCCAUUGCCGUGCGAUGAAUAAAAGAAAAGCUCCAAUCCAACCGGCUGGCGAUUAGAGCUUGUACGGCGAUGUGCUACUCCAAUAAAGUUGGUGUUUGUUUGUUAUUCUGCCCAA